AUGACACCUCCGCAGCGCAUCACGCCGUCUCCACGCCCGCCAUCGCCUGCGCCAGUCUCGCGCUCCAGCCUCACCCCUCCGCCCACCCUCUCUCGCCGGAACAGCUUCACCGCUCGACCAGUCACGCCGCCGCCUCAGCCACCGUCGCCAGGAGUCUACCGCAGCCCGUACCACCGCCUGUCAGCCUCUCCGCCCGCUCACCGUCCGCCUUCUUCCUCUUCCUCACGCUCAAUUUCGCCCACCUCGACACGGUCCUCCCCUAUCACUCCUGCUCGACCGAUCCUCGAGGUGCACGGCGAUUCGUUCUGCGGGGUGUUCACGCUUCUAGGCAAGCGGGCCAGUGUGUACAAGUACAAAGGCGCAUCGGCGAGAGGCCUCAACAACCCUCACUCGACGCUGCAAGUCGGCGCACAGCUCCUCGACCGACUCGAGUACGCGCGACCGCAAUCCGUUUUGCUCAUGUUUGGCACCGUCGACCUCACCCUCAACUUCCUCUGGCAACUCAAGGCUCGUGGGUCGGCGGCAGCAGGACCCGACGAGACCGCCCGCAAGGUCCUCGCCGACUACGCUUCCUUCCUCGCGCACAAGAUCGUCCCGCUCGCCGAGAGAUCCGGGAUGACGGUGUACGUGGCGGGAGUGUCGCCGCCUGUGAUUGAGGAUCGCUACCUCGAGUCGACUGCAAACAAGUACCUGGAGAAGCAAGGCAUUUCGCCCCUCCCGCCUCUCUCGCAAGCACACCACCCUCACGACUUCGCAACCCGCGCCAACAUGGUCAAGCGCUACAACACGCUCCUCGCCUCUUUCUGUGCGCGGCACGAUUGCCUCUCUUACGUCGAUAUCAACCGCGACUUGGUCGACCCGGCGGAUCCGAGCAGGAGGGUGAAGAGGCAGUUUCUUGACCUCGAGGACCCGACCAACAUCCACCUCGUCUGGGAAACCACCCUCCCCUUCUGGGUCCGCCGCCUCCCGCCCCUCACCUCCCUCUCCUCGCACCUCGCCUCGCAAGUCCAGGUCUCGCACCUCGAGCGCAGUCUGGAGCAGUACCAGGCUGAGAAGCGCGAGAGGGUCAGGAGGAGGAGCGGUGUCGUUGCUGGUUAG